AUGAGGGAGACCUUGUGGAACGUACCUAGUCCCAUGCCUUCUCCCAUAGUAUUCGUGAUUUCCAGCAUUUGGCCAUUGUCUGAGUACAUUGCCAAACGUUUCGGCGACAUCGUAGUCGGCAUCGUCAGUGAGAGGCGCCAUUUGCUGCAUCUCUUUCUUUCAUAUUGCCCAUCUACCCAUUCAUAUAAUUCUGUGCUCUCGUUUUCUCCAAUGUCAUCUAAGCGCGUGUCACUGCAAGAGGCUUUAAUGAAGCGUAAUCUGCUUCAGCACCGAUUCCAGGUUCUUUUUGCGGGUCUCCUGACUUUUAUUCAGGCCCCUUCCACUCCGCUUAUAAAUUGGUCGCUAUGCGCAUAA